UCGAAGGUUUCUCGCGUUCAAAGAACUUUCGAUCGAUCUCUUAAAGAAAGAUAAACAGAGUUGUACGUAUGUUCGAAACGUUAAGACGAGUAAGAUCGCUGUUUACACGUACCAAGCUCGCAUGACAAAUAUUGUCUUUCCACGUUUGACAUGUCAAAGCGUUUCGAGCGUUAAAUUUGAUUCUACCGUAUCUCAAAGUUCGUAUAAAAUCCUAAACGAUUUCUAUCGCAAACGUAGGUAAUUUAUCUCUCGUUCAAAUAAAUAUUUCGUUAAUGUUUCUCGGUGGACAGUGAACAAUGAGUUCGAUAUGAGCUCGUAAUAUUAUAAUUGGAAACGUACAUGUGUGUAUGUCCUUGGAAUACAAUAGAAUUUGUUUUCGUUACGUCUCGAUCAUUGACAAAGAAAUUUAACGAAAACAUAUUGACGACAAGGAGAAAGAUUUUAAAUUAGACGAAAGGACGAUUCAGUCAUUUCAAAUACGAUGCUAGUUAAGGAAAGUUUCGUUAUGAGAAGGACAAAAAUAGUAACAAUAACAACGACCACGACGAUUACCAAUACGUCGAAAGUGUACGAGAAACGAAAACGAUGAAAAUCUUGUUGGAAAAUUGUUACAAUCGCUAAAAGAAAAAAGCAAGUAAAAGUAAAAUAAAUUUCAUAUAUUUUAUUCGAUAUUAAAACUAUAAAAAAGAAGAAAAGUUAUAGUCAUAUCUAUCUAAAUAAUAUUUGAAUGUUUGAAAUAAUCUGAGUAUGGCGCCGGAGAGUACAUUGGCUCUGUUUGCGUUCGUUAAUCUAUUCAAUUGAAUAACGUAUUAAUACGCCGGGGUCAUCGCGAAGGGUUAAUCGCAAUGUCCACGCCGGACACGAUGGAUACCAUCGACGAGGCGGAGCAAGCUUGGCACGAGAUGUUAGAAUGCGAGACUGGAUCCUUGUUGGGUCGAGUCGCAGACCUCGAAAGGCAAUCCUUGGCGCAAAGAGACGAGAUAGUUUGUCUUCGUGCUACUUUGGCGGACGCGUUAAGGCGAAUCUCUCAGCUCGAAGGACGAGAGAAGAGAGAGGAGGAAAGAAAUGAGAGGAGAAACGAAAGGAUGGUAUCAUCGCCAUUAAGGAACGGCCAUGUUUCUCUUAGAAAUAAUCAAAACUCGGUGCCUCAAAAAGAUUUGCGUUUACGUCAAAGCGGUGGUACCAACGUUAGAAAUUCGUCAUGCUCGUCGUCUCAGGAUAUUCAGGAUGCGAACUCGAGUCCUAGACGACCGGUUAGUUAUUCGCAUUCUUCACAACUGCCACAAAGAAGAUCGGUUCAUUAUCAGUCAACGGGAUCGUUACAUUCGGAUAGUCCUAGCAGUAGUAGCGUUUCACCGGUGCCAUCGCCAAGUCCACGAGCCACACCAUUACCAAUAGCCAGGUCACCCACAACAAGGUCAAAUGGUCCACCACAGAGUAGCUUGCGAAGAGCAAAAAGGUGGUCCUCAACUGGCGACUUUACGCAUUCUCCGCAAAAUCAAGGAAGCAACUCUCAACUAGUUGGUGCUAGAUUGUCGGCAUCCACCAAGUCCCUGUUCAACCUCUUCAAGCCCGCGGUGCUGAACAACGUCAAACACGGUACAAGAGACAUGCAGUACAAUGAGGAGGAAGGUACCGUCCGUAUGUACCUGCGAGGACGACCAGUCGUCCUUUACGUUCCAACACCUAUGAUCGAUCAUUACGAUCUUCAUAAAGUAACAACACCACCUCAAAGUAAACUCAAAUUGGAUUGGGUCUAUGGAUAUCGAGGGAGAGAUUGUCGUAGCAAUUUACAUCUAUUGCCAACUGGCGAGAUCGUUUACUUCGUUGCUGCGGUGGUUGUACUUUAUAAUAUGGAAGAACAUAGUCAAAGACAUUAUUUGGGUCACACGGACGAUGUCAAAUGCAUCGCGAUACACCCAAAUAAACUGGUAGUUGCAACUGGACAAACAUGUGGCCUGGAUCGACGUGACGCGUUGCCACACAUCAGAAUAUGGAACUCAGUAAGCUUGGCUACAUUAAGCGUAAUUGGUAAUGGAGAGUUUGACGGAUCGAUUUGUUGUUUGUCAUUCUCGAAAGCUGACGGUGGUAAUUAUUUAUGUGCCAUCGACGAAACGUCCGAUCAUAAUAUAUCGAUUUGGGAUUGGCAAAAAAGCGAUAAAGGAACUAAAUUAACCGAGACGAAGUGCUCUGUCGACACGGUUGUUUGCGCUGAAUGGCAUCCUCUCGAACGAAAUCAAAUCGUCUCCUGUGGUAAAGGUCACGUAUCUUUCUGGUCCUUGGACAAUGGCGGUAUGCUGUAUAAAAGAAUGGGUAUAUUCGAAAGUAGAGAGAAACCUAGAUACGUCACGUGUGUCGCUUUCAAUCAAAAUGGAGAUGUACUUACCGGUGACAGUAAUGGCAAUAUCAUUGUUUGGGCAAGAGGCACCAACACUAUCUUCAGAUUGGUUAGAAAUCUUCAUGAAGGAUCGAUAUUUUCUAUAUGUGUUCUUAAGAAUGGAAAUGUUAUCACCGGAGGAGGAAAGGAUGGCAGAAUAUUGCUUUUUGAUGGAUCUUUAAAUCCGACAGGAGAAGCAGCACAAAUCGAGGAUCAUUUUGGUGGAAUUCGUACUUUAUCAGAAGGCAGAGGAUCACAAUUAUUGGUUGGCACGACAAAAAAUUGUAUUCUUAUUGGAGACAUAGAAAUGGGAUUCAAUCCAACGAUGUUAGGACAUACCGAAGAAGUUUGGGGAUUGGCAGCUCAUCCUACAUUGCCUCAAUUCGCAACCGCAGGUCAUGAUAGAUUGUUACAAAUGUGGGAUAGUCUCAGUCAUACAGUGGUAUGGAGUAAAGAUAUAGGGGAACAAGCACAAAGCAUUGGUUUCUCUCCUGAUGGUACCGUUAUGGUGGUUGGCUGUGUAUCUGGAAAAUGGUUGGCCAUUGAUAGCGAGACCCGUGAAUUAUAUACUCACCAUACGGAUGGAUCAGAGCCGAUUCAAGUGGUCACAUUCUCCCCAAGUGGAAAUCUUCUUGCGCUUGGUUCACGAGAUAAUUAUAUUUAUGUUUAUCAAGUAAAUGAGGAUGCUACUAAAUAUAGUAGAGUGGGCAGAUGUAUGCCUAAGCGGAUACGAAGGCACGGAGGACAUUCAAGUUUUAUAACUCAUUUGGAUUGGUCAGUGGAUGGACAAUACUUGCGUAGCAACAGUGGAGAUUAUGAACUUUUAUUUUGGAAUCCUGGUAUUUGUCGUCAAAUAUCUCAGUCCUCCAUUUUUAGAGAUGUCGAUUGGGCAACUCAUACCUGCAUAAUAUCUUUCGAGACAAUUGGUAUUUGGCCAGAAGGUGCAGAUGGUACGGAUAUAAAUAAUUGUAGCCGCAGUGGAGAUGGAAAACUUCUUGCUACAGGAGAUGACUUUGGAAAAGUCAAAUUAUUUUCGCAUCCUGCGUGUCAACCAAAGUCAUUAUAUCAUAGCUAUGGUGGUCACUCCAGUCAUGUGACAAAUGUGUCGUUCCUUCAAGAUGAUACUAGACUGGUGUCAACGGGCGGAAAUGACACCAGUGUUCUUCAAUGGGUAGUAAAUUAACUUAUGAUUUAGAACAAACAAAAGAUAACAUCUGUUCUAAUCAAUAGGACAUAUUAUUUUUACAUAUAUUUUCAAAGUGCACUUUGUCAACACGUAGCGAGCUUAUUUGUAAAAUAACAUGAACGAGAGAGUAAUGAAAAUAUUAUUAUUGCAAAAGCGAUUUGUGAUUAACGAAAUGGUACGGUAAAUGGCACGUACACUUAACAUGGAAAAAGAUACAUAUAUUAUUAAUGAAUUAAAGAGUGUGGUAAUUUUAUGAUUACUCUCUUUUGUGUAGCACAUUAAAUAUAUUAAUGUUUCAAUGUUUGUCAAAAAUCCAAAAUUUAACUCGUGGACAUUCCUUGUAUGGUUGAAUAUUAUGUAAUUGUCGUUUGACGAAUGUUAACCGAUCUGUAUAUGUACUUUAUAUUUCUAUGCAUUAUAAUAUACGUCAAGUUGCAUUGUUCCUAAUGAUGUAGGAGACGAUUGAUAAUCCAAAGAAAAAAAGGAAAAGAUAUGGAAUGUCCUUAUUAAAAGGAAGGAAUAAGUUCAAACUCGUAGAAGCUCGUAACGUAAAAUAUACCGCGCAUACUAUAUUACGCCGUCCAUUAGAAAGUAUAUUGUACAAUUUGCGAUUUGAAUUCGUAUUUGUACUUUCAAGCGCAGGGUUUUUGGAUCUAAUCUGUGCAAGUCAAAUUCAUUGAUUGAUUAUUUUUAUUAUUACUAUUCUUAUUAUUAAUAUUAUUAUUAUUAUUAUUAUUAUUAUUAUUAUUAUUUUAUAUUGAUCAAUUAUUUCAUCACGAUUGGAAUAAGACAUGACUUGCACCGUAUUUGUUCAACUCGGAAUGUUUACGUAAGAAUUUAGUUGCAAGUAUCUGCCAUUGAUAUACUUUUUGACGAUAAUAUCAUGUGCAAGUAAAAUGCAAGAAAAAAAAAAAAAAGAAAAACAAGAAUAUCUUUCUAUCUGUAUAUUCUUAUAACAAAGUGUACAUACAAUAAGACCUUCUAAAGGAGUCUACGCUUUUUGACCUUCUUUUGGCAUUUUGUAUAAUUUUUUGGACCGAACUCUUUUACCAAAGUCUAAGAAUGAAAGAUACAAAAUCUAAGAAAGCAUGGAGAAUCAAUCUAUUUUCACUCAUUGUCACCUUGUAAGAUAUAUCUCUAUUUUAUUUAUAUUACACCACAAAUGCAUACACAUAUAUGUAACAUUUAACGUAUAAUAAAUGCUCCCUAAGGCAAUAUUUUCUUUA